ACAGUUAUACAAGUUGAAGUACUGGGCAUCAACACGUCAGCUAUUGUACCACUAUAAGAACAGACCAGGGAGGUCUAGCUUUGGUAUGACCGCGGUCCUUUUCAGCUUUCCUCCUUUUCAGCUUUCCUGCCUUUCUAGAAACCCGUCUUCUAUCGCGUCGAGCGGUGAAGACGCGCCGACAUGGACUCAUUUGCGGCAAUUGGACUCGCUUGCGGCAUCAUUGCUUUCCUAGAUUUUGGCUUCAAGUUGGUUUCUCAGGUCGAGAGCAUUCAUGCAUCUGAUUCUGGAGCUCGCGCAUAUAACGAUGACUUAUCUUCUAGUACACAACAGGUCCAGCGCCUGGCAUCUAAUUUGAAAGCAAACAAGUCACUAUCAGAUCAAGAUAAUUCCCUCCUCGAAAUUGCUGCUAUUUGCGAGAGCCUAUCGGGUGAACUCGUGGGCUUACUCAAUAAGCUGAAGGCAAGAGAUCCGAAUGCUGCAUUGAAUGACUGGUUUAAAAAGGACCAAAAGAAUGAUUUAGAGCUAAGGCUAGAUCAUUGUAGACAGCAGCUAAACAACUUGGAGUUAACAUGCUUAACCAGAACCGAUUUGUUGGUCAAGCUCAACGAGUUUGCCACACAUGGUCAAGCUACUAGUGCCGAGUUGCGAUCACUGUCCGAAAACAUAGAAUAUCUACGUCUAGCUAGCAAUGUCUCUUGUCUUGACCCUGAAGCACUUGCCCAGAUCCAGUCGCUGCUCCAGUUGACCGAUGAUGCCAUCACGAAAAUUCGCCAAGCCCGGAUUCUAGAUGGAUUGCUGUUUGGUCUUAUGAACAAGAGGAUUGAAGUUAUCCAGGAGGCCCACGAAAAGACCUUUGAUUGGAUAUUCAAUAACGAAGACGUUCAUGAAACCGAAAUAUCCUCGACCUACAGCUCUGAGACGGAAACCGACGAAAGCCCCGAUAGGGAUAAGAUUAGUGAGUAUGAAUUAGAAUGGGAAGAUCCAAGUGAGAGUGGGAAGUCAAAUACAAAUAGUCAACAUGGAGAUAUCGAUAGCGGAGGUGCCGGCCCCAAAUCGGACAACUCGAGCUUCCAAUGGUCUGAGGGUGGCUACCAUUACUCAGACUCAGACUCCCAACCUUCUAUCGUAUCAGACAGCGAGGUGUUGGAUGAAUCGAUCGAGAGACCGAAACCCUCACAGACUCUUUUACGAAAUCUUGCUGGGGCACACACUCAGUCAGAUAUGGAAGAAUCAUCCGAGUCGUCAAGACAGAUUAUGAUGGAAGCUCGUGAUAGCUUGAUUGAUUGGCUAGAAAAGGGCACCGGUAUAUUCUAUAUUGGAGGCAAGCCAGGAUCUGGUAAAUCGACACUAAUGAAAUAUUUGUGUCGCAAAUCACGGACUAGAAAACACCUUGAAGUUUGGGCGGGAGAAACGGAUCUCGUUUUAGGAAUGUUCUUCUUCCGGAAGUUAGGUUCUCCUCUUCAGAGCACUAUCAAAGGUCUUAUUCGAGGUCUAUUACACUGCCUUCUCUCAGAAUCACCCAGCUUGAUCCCUCUCGCGUUCCCAACGCAGUGGGAAGCGUCAAUGCAGCACGACCGAGUUCACGUUGAAAAUGAGGAGUGCUCUUUGGCAUUUGAAAAGGUGAUUGCAACGAGUCAAGCUUCUCCGGAACACAAGCUUGCGUUUUUUAUUGAAGGUCUCGACGAGUUCGAUGGUGACCAUGCAGAUCUGAUACGGCAACUAUUUGUGUGGACCAACAAAUCACAAAACGUCAAGCUCUGUAUAUCUAGCCGAGAGGGGCCGGUAUUUCAAGAAACGUUCAAGACGUGUCCCCAACUUCGGCUACAAGAUCUCACACGCUUAGAUAUUCGACAAUAUGCCAAGGACAAACUUAGUCGAAUGCAUUUCAAUGACAGCGAAAACAGUGAAGUACAUGAGCAUUUGCUAGAAGAGAUCUGUAACAAAUCUGACGGUGUUUUCUUAUGGGUCACUUUCGUGCUUCGGCAUAUCGAAAAUGGACUCAUCAACGGCGAUCAACUAAUAGACUCGAUGAGAAUCAUUGAUUCUCUCCCGACUGAAAUUGAACCUAUGCUUCAGCAGCUCUUGGACUCGAUUUCUCCCAAUAAUCAGAAACUGGCAUACAGUAUGCUAUUGUUUGCCCAAUUCUGUUAUCCCUACGAUAGCCGAGUCUCUUUGAUGCAAUACUCGUUCCUGGAGGAAUACGUUGAAGAUAAGGACUUUGCCCGGAACUCUGCUGUCGUACUUUUCACACCAGCUGAGAAUGCAAGAAGGCUAGAUAAGGCCGAGAAGCGUGUGUAUGGCGUGUGUAAGGGGCUUCUUGAACUCCGACCAGGUAACAGCCUAUCCGACUUCCACGAACUCUUUUGCCCGCCCGACUUUCUUCAGCAUUACGGCGUAAGUGAAGUUCGCAGACACUUGUGGCCAUGUGAAUCGCGCCGGCGCCGCUUCCCGGCCCAAUAUCAGCAUAGGAUUGGGAGUAUAGUCCGCCUCACACAUCGAUCGAUUGCGGAGUUCUUGGACAGUCCCGAAUUCCAGCAGAAGGCGAAACUCAAACUUGCUGGAUUUGACCCCUUCGAUGCCUACUGCCAAACAUACCUGGCCCUAUUAGAGCGCGUCCGUUUACCGAGAUCCUAUUUUAAUCGACCCCUUAAGAAGCAGUCACUACACACCCCUAAUGGCACGAACUGGGGUCAAUACCGGACAAGAGCUGGCGAAUCAGUAAUCUUUCAUUCACCCAGUCCCUCGUUACGACAGAAUGUCGGGUUGAGAAUUCUGCAGCAAAUCCAUCUUGGUCAGCCGGGGACUACGCCACGGUUUUGCGACUUCCUCAAUGACAUCUAUAACACAGUCAUCAAGCUGAACAUACAGAUGCCUUGUAAAUGGCGUAUGCUAAGUUCCAUAACGGAGAAGGCAGUCCGCCUGCCUGCCGCAGCCAUGAUCCCGCUAGCCUGCGCGGAAUUCGGGUUCUACGAAUACUUCCAAAGGAUCAGUCCAGACACCCACCUCGAGUCAGGAGACUUUCUCGCUGCUGCAUGUGUGUCCGUCCUAGGGUUCCCUAAGCUAGAACGCCCGACAGAGUGGAACCGCGCCCUGAAAACCUGCCAAGCUCUCUUCGACCUCGGCGCCUCUCCCGAUUGCUCCUUCGUUGCUGAUAGGGAACCCGCGUUCCACACCAUGCUGAAGAACUGGUGCGCGCACUACACCCCGACCCGCCCCCUAGCCAUCCUCGCCUUCAUGCUCUACCACGGCGCGAACCCGCGCUUCACCAUCGUCACGCACCCGACCACAUUCACGCGCCUCAUCGACGAGGACAAGCCCCCCUGGAUGCGGGUCUGGUUCAAGUCCGAGCAUCCCGUCGCAGGGAGGAAACUGCAGACCACGCGCCUCCGGAAAUCCAGAGGCACCCGGUGGCUCGUCAAAGCCACCCCGCAGACUCUCGCCGUGACCCGCGACCACGGCUACGAUAUCACCUUGCGCACGCUCGUCGCCCUCUGGUUCCCAGCCGCGCAGAGCGACGUGCUAGCGCAGGUCAUCGACUGGAUCCUCGCGCUCGGCGCGCCCGUGGACGCGCAGCACCGCGCGCAGCUGCAGGCAAAAUUCGGCGCUCAGCUCCGGCCCUUGUUCGAUCCGGAGGACCCGGGUUUCGUAGGCGCGGCGGUUCGGCAGCCGGAAAAUACUACUACUACUACUAUGUGGCCGGGCGGGCAGGUAGUGGCGCAUUGGGAGACGUAUAUUUUGACCCGGCAGGAAGAUGGCAAGCAGUUCUCGAGUUAUACCGAGAUGCCUUAGUCGUGUAUAUAGCAGUAUACAGAUAUGUACGGGAAGAUGGGGUGAGCGGGAUAUACAGUACAUGUCUGUCUCCUGUGUAGGUGCUCCGCGGGUAUCGCGGUCCCCUUGAAUUAGGUACCUAGGUUAGAUAUAUUGCGUUCUGAAGGAGGUACUCAUCUACCUACCUAGAGUUAAGAGAUAUCAUCAUAAUAAUGACGUUGGAUAUUCAAGCAUUAGGUAGC